UCACCGUUUGAAAAAGCACCUUGCACUGCGGUUAGGACAGGGAUGGUACGCUCCACUGAGGGUCAAAAAUUUUUAAGCCUUUGCCUCAACAACCGAUGGAAGCCAUAUUACCCCCAAGGAAGCCCUGUUCCGACUUGCUAUGACAUCUGUAUUCCUGGUCUGAUUGGUCAUUGGCGCAUGAACGAGCAGACUGGAGAAGAGGUGGCUGAUGACUCGGGUUAUGAGAACCAUGGCUUGGCUACUGGCCCGGUACCUAAGUUAUCCAAGUUCACGCGUGGUCGCUAUUUUGACUCCAAUGGAGUCAUCUUGGUUCCAGACUCCCCGGUAUUAAAUUCGGGGAUGUCAAGCUUCACCGUGGCUGGAUGGGUUAAGAUUUUGGAUGUCUCUUACCCCCUGACAACCUUCGCUGUCCAGAAGGGUUAUGGCUGUUUAUUUCCCCCAGGCCAAGAGGGCUGGAAAGCCGGUUGGGAAAUAGGGCAUGCUUAUAGUUCCAAAGGACUUUACGUUUGUAUACGAGACAGGAAAAACAGAAUGGCUCAAAAAAGAAUCGAAUUUGAUGAUGGCUUUCAGCAACAUCAUCUUCUUUAUCAGUGGGCUCAUUAUGCAGUUGUCUUUGAUCGCCAACAGCAGGAGAAAGUCUUCCUCUACAUCAAUGGCAAAAAGCAGUCGGAUUCCCUCGACAUCUCAGCAGUACGAGGCAGUGUUAACAACGACAGACCACUCGCAUUUGGUUACCUCCACGGCUGGAAAACUAAGGGAACUCUGGAUGAAUAUCGAGUUUACAACAGGGCCUUAGGCGACUUAGAAGUGGGUGCCAUCUUCAAGAACCACCUUGUGUGACAAGCACUAAAAAGUUUUGCAAAUGUCGCACAAAAUGUCUCCGAGGGAUAUGUUGGUAGAAUAUAAAAAUUGACUAUAGUGAUCUGAUUGUAAUGUGUCGAAUUACAUAUUUUAAAUUGAUUUCGAAAUUUGUGUCAAAUUGUGCGAAAUAAACAGAAGAUUUUAGGGUUAA